AUGGGAAUCGUGGGAAUGUGGAAGAGGCGAGCUUGGCGGCGAGUAGAUAUACAAGUGGCGGCCUUCGUCGGAGCUCAAUCGGCCCCUUCACGAGAGUGGACAGCUGCGGUGUGCACCACUGAAAAGGCUAACAGUCUUAUAAACCACGCCAUUCUUGACGGACAUAUAGAAGAAAUUGGUACACAAAUUCAAUCUUCUUCUUCGGUUUGCGUUCAAAAUGCAAGUAUUGAAGGUUUGGUGGUUAUCGAUGAGCUGCACAUGGUCUACGACUCAUCGCGUGGUGCUGUGCUGGAGUCGCUCUGUGCGAAAAUUAUGCUUUGGAAUUCGCGGAAUCCGUCUGCCUCAAUUCGCAUAAUUGGGAUGAGCGCUACGUUAGAGAAUUUAGAAGAGGUUGGACGCUGGUUGAAUGCGAAG